AUGAAUGAACGUGACGAUGUUGCAGUCACCUUUAACUUGAAUAGAGAGGAGAUAAUAUUCAUAUCAGUAUACCUUUCUCCAAAUGAGGAUAUUACGGGGAAUCUUUUGACCCUGGGAGCACUCUUGACCAAACACUCUGACAAAAAAGUGAUUGUUGCUGGAGACUUUGACGCAAAGUCAAGAGCUUGGGGUCCCACUACAAAUGCCAGGGGAGAGGUUCUUCUGAACUUUUUCGCACAACAUGAUCUUGAUGUCGUUAAUGAUCCUAAUGGACUGCCAACAUUUAACUCUAUCCUGGGCCAGAGUUGGGUGGAUCUUUUUAUCACCAAUAUUAAGGAACUGGCGCAAUAUGAGGUCCAUGACAACAUUUCUUGUUCCGACCAUGCACUCAUUACUGUGGGGAUCGAUAGGAGCGAGAUCAUUCAGAAAACUAGACAAUGUAACAUUAAAUUUGAAAGACUAGACUGGCUAGCCCUCAGGAUGAAACUACGAGAUAUCAUAGAAAUGCACGACCUCAGUCUCAUUGAGACACCAGAACAAGUGGAAAACAGUAUUGUGAGAAUAACAGAGGAUGUUGUGAAUGCAUGUAACGCAAGUAAACUAAAGUCAGUUGCGGGAAGGCGUCGGCAUUCCUCAUGGUGGCAUUCGGCUCUGGGCCAAAUGCGUCGGCAUGUAAGAGCGCUACGAAGACGAUACCAACGGACAGUGGAUGACCAAGAGCGUGUGAAAUUUAGAAUUGAAUUCAAAAGGCAGCUGUCGAUCUAUAAAAAAAGUAUUAGAAAGGCCAAAAUAACUAACCUAAAACUCUUCCUAGACAAAGUAAAUGAAAACGGGGCAUUUUCUGCACCUUACAGAAUCGCAAAGGGGGAAGAUCUGAGGGCGGAGAGUCACAAACCGGUUAUAAAUGAGAUAUGUAUUCCAGCUUCAAGCUUUGAGGAAACGAUACAGGUCAUCAUGUCGUACCACUUCCCUAACACCAACUAUGACCCUGGGAAUCCUUUAUUGAGGGGUUUUGAUGACCCGCCGUUCACUGAUUCUGAACUAGAGGCGAUUGUCAAUGAUUUUAAAUGCAACAAAGCGCCGGGUCCUGACGGAUUACUUAAUGAAAUUUUUUAG